AUGGCCAAUGCAGACGAGCAUCAAAUCGAGGACGACGACGUCGAGGGUACCGCAAACCCGAGCGAUACAAGCACAGUGAGCGCCAGCUUGUACGUAGAGAACAAUGGCUCAACGACACAUGCGCCUACGCCUGCUCCCACUUCCGUAGGCGAGACCGACCCCAAUAACGUGCAGCCAUGUCCCGAUAGCCACGUUUCAUUUGCUCGGCUCGAUCAAGCUGUCUCUGAGCACCAGCGAGCCGCAAGUGAAUGGGUAUACCAGAUGGACCACAAAGAAGGUCACUACUACUUUAUGUUUGCUGAAUCUGACCCAGCUGGCUUCUACCUUGAAGCUGCUGGAGAUCCGGAAGCGCUCGCGGCUGCGCGAAACUACGAAUUCGCGCUGCCUCCACACCCAGCAACAUAUCUGGCUGCUAGGUCUGCGUAUCAUAGCGCAGUGAUUGAGUACCACAAAGCGCAGGACGAAGUCGAGGCUGAGAUCGAGGCCAAGAAGGCUGCGAUUAGAGAAUGGGGAAGAAAGAGAGUUGACGCUAUAAAUCUUGCUCGGCAUAGGCGGACUGAUCCGAGUGUGUACAAUUAG